CAUGCUUCCUGCCCGUCCCCGUCCCAUUGAAUGCGUAUCUAGGCAGAAUGAGUCUGCCAGCGCCAGCGAGGCGCAUAGCCUCGAGAUGCCUGUUCUGCCAGAAUCUGCCCAUACGCACGAGGCCACAACAACUAUCGCCCAUAGCGACACCUGGGCGCAGAGCGGCUUCAGAUGACUCUUCUAGCGCGUCGAGAUCGAAUCCCAUUCUUGAUGAGUAUAGAAAGAACAACCCCGAAACAGCGUCAUCAGCACUGCAGCCGAGCCAGCAGAUGCCCCAGCAAGGCGACAUUGCAUCGUCAUCGAUUUUCGAGGAUCAUCGCCGAAUACAAGAGCAGCGCAGGGAGGAUGAGGAGGACGUGGAGGAGGGCAAGACCAAGAUUGGUGGUAUCACACGCGAUCCGAAUGCCAUCGCACGAGUGAUGGUGCCUGAUCCGGCGGCGCGUGAGAGAUGGGAGAGGAAGAAAGUGAUACAACUGGUGAAGAAGGGCGGCAGGUUGACGAAGCCGGAGUUCUUGAAGCGCACUGAACGAGAGCAUCUGGUCAAGAGCCACAAUAUGAAGACGAGUGUGAAGAAGCUGGGCAUGAUCGCCAGACAGAUCGCAGGGAAGACUAUCGAUGAUGCCAUCGUGCAAAUGCGAUUCAGCCCGAAAAAGGUCGCGCAGGAGGUGCUGAAGCAGCUCGAAUUCGCGCGCGACGAGGCUGUCGUAAUGCGAGGAAUGGGCUUGGCGGGUGCUGCAGAGGAGCACGCCGGAGUGCUGAACGAAAGCUCGACCGAUAUCGCUGGCACGACCGCUGCUGGCCUCGAAGCGGCACGAGGCACUCUCGCCCAGCGUAUCACAUCAGACAAUCCGAUUUCCAUCCAGCUCAAGGAUGGCAAGAGGCAUCAAAUUGAUGAUCCGAGUAAGAUUUACAUCGACCAGGCCUGGGUGGGUCGUGGUCCAUAUGGCAAAUUGCCCGAUUAUCGAGCGCGAGGAAGAAUAUUUAUCAUGCGUACACCGUGGACCAGCUUGACAGUGGUAUUGAAAGAAGAGAAGACAAGAAUACGUGAGCACGAGGAGCGCCAGGCAAAGAGACGGAAGAAGAUCACGGCACAGGUGUGGGUGCCUCUGCCUGAUAGACCUAUUCAGACUCACAGACAAUGGUACAGUUGGUAGACUUUAGACGCUUGCAAGUCACGCAUGAGGCUCGCGGGAAGGGAGGUAGAGCAUGCACAAAUACAGAACCAGGCAUCGCGAUGACAGAGACUGAG